CUUAUCUCUCUGCCUCAUGCUGAUGUGUGGCGAAUGCUCUGGUGCAAAAUUUUUCUGAAUCAUUUCUGAUGAAGUGCUCCACUGCUACAAGUUGCAAGGGUUAAUGUACCAACACAGAAGAGUCGAUUCAGCAUUAGAGUUUGUACUAGGUGUGUGGAUUGGUGACGUGCAGGGCUUCAAUGCUGCUGAUCAGUUCCCCCAGGGCACUGAGUGGCUCGAUGGGGCUGAAGGGCGCUGCGUCCUCUGGGAUGGAGGCAUAUAAAUGCUGGAGCUUCUGGUCUCUGCUUCCUGCUGCCUGGUGGAGUGGGCAUGAAGAGCAGUAUACACAGAGGCCAGAAGAAGAGGGUUUGCGCGCUGAUAAAGGGUACCACAGGUGAGGCACUGCAAGAGAGGAGGUGAGGCUCUGUGUAGACGGAGGGUGGGUUUGGUUUGUGAGUUUGUGAUGUAGCUUUUCUAAAGGGGAGAAGUUUAGUGUUUCUGCAUGUCGUAGCAAGAGAUUCUGUCCAAUUUUGUCAGAGACCCGGUUCUGUCAAUCAGCUCAGUCUGAGAAACUUUUUAAAACCAAAAUCAAGCAGAAAGUAUUAAACUGAGAGAUAAACUUGUUAGCAUUUCUGUUUGAAAGUUGUCAAAGCUUUGCCAUCGACCGUCUCUUCUAUGUAGGUCACAGGAUGCAACAUGUUGGACAUUGAUCUCUGUGCUUUGGUUGUAGCACAGGAAAGCAGGUCACUGAUUUCCUAAACUGUGAAACUAUCAAUCGCUCCUCUGCCCUAAAGCUCUAAAUCCCGGUAUAAUUAAAAGUGUAUGCCAAGGACGGAGGGCAUAAACCAGACUCAGCAUGAGAAGAUUAUUUAACUCUGGCUGAACACAAACUGGAAAAUUAGCAUUAGACUUUAAGUAUUUCCAGUGCAUGAAUUUUCAUCAAACUUUCAAUAGCUGGAGAAGAUCAUCCUGUCUGCUGGCACUGGUGGAUGUGCUGUGAUGGCAAGAGGCCAGAUUGGGUCAACAUUAUACUGGAAGACUGUAGAAACAGCUGCCCUUAAAAUGUCAUUAUGGAUCACUCAAUCAUCUCUCUGGUUACUCAAGCAACCAGUCGACUAAUCAUACCAUUUCCUGCGGUAAAUGGUAUGUUCUUGUUUCAUAUGUUGUAACUUUGGCCUUAUUUAAUCAUUUGAUUUUUUUUUUCUUCAUCUUCCUCAUUGUCUUGCCUGUACACAUUCACUCCUCUUGUCACGUUGCUCUGUGGCUCUUGAACCACAUGUGCCGUGAUUUCCUCAUGGCGGCCCCGCUCUCCUUCCUCUCCUCACAUGACGCACCCUCCUUCAUUCCUCCAUGUGUUGCUCCCUUCUUGUUGGAGAUUGCAGCGUGCACUGUAGCCCCAGUUGCAAUGGAGGACAGUGACCACGAGGUUCACUCUUCAUCAGACGAGCAGGGCUCCUUCCCUGCCUCACCUAUGGUCCCUCACAGCAGGGACCACGAUGCUGAACAGCAUUCGAGCCAAUCAGACGACUCAGAGGUGGAGAACAUUAUGCAAGACCCUCACCACCCAGGAGGGCACAGCCACCACCACCACCACCAUCAUGGCCACGAGCCUCACGUUGCAGACAGGGAAGCUGAGGGCGAAGACCGCCCCCACACCCCAUCAUAUUUGCGGCCCCCUGUGGCGGGUAGAGCGCAGUCGGAUUCAGGUUCAGACCCCAGUUUACCACAGAGCAGGAGUGUGGAGUUUGACCUGUCAUCCCCCAUCAGUCCCACCCGACCCAAGAGUCCCUGGGGUCGGUUUGACCCGUACGACAAUAACGAGGUAACGCAAGGAGGCCCGGCCAAGAAACCCGGAGAGAGGGGAAACGAGAUCUGUGUGGUUUAGCUCUGCUUUCGAGCUAAUGUUGUUACUGUGCUGCGGUGUGUUGAACAGGUCAUGUUCAGACUGAUGAAUACAGUUCAUAGGAUGUGACAGAGUUUGUGCAAGAUUGUGUAAAAGUCUCAAACUAACAGGUUGUUUCAUGUGGUAAAGGGAAAAAAAGUUGAGUCGUGCUUAUUUUCUUCUGGUGGAGCAGGCUGUGAUUGUGGUUCAGUGAUGGUAGCGUUGCUUUUUGCUUUUGUUUUGCUGUUGUGUCAAAACUGUGGGAAAGUUAAAAUUCUUUGAAAAGGACAACCAGAUUUUUACAGUGACUGAUAACAGUCAUGCUUACAUGGCAAUGCACGCUUCUCUGAUGUAUUAUUUCACCCCUGUGUGCACU